UUAGACGGUCAGCAGCAGCUGAAGAUGGACAGCAGCUCUGUGAGAUUUUCAGGGUGAAUCCUCUCUCCGACAUCAGAGGGCGACCUGGAGUCAGGUGACACCCUUCCCAUGGUGCCCUGCAGCCUCCAGGGUCGCCAUGGGAGACGAGUCGUACCCAGAAUGCAGAGCUCAGGAGCUGUUCGAUGAGUUUGUGUCGUCGUCAACAUGCAGGGCGGCGCUGCGGUCCUUCAGCCAGCUGUGUGAACACCUGCAGCUGGACAGGAGCGCCGCCGAGAGGCCGCUGUACCGACCAAUUAAACACCGCCUCAACUACUGGAAGGCCAACGCUCUGUGGGCAAAACUGGACCGAAGGGGUGCACAGCAGGAGUACCAGAGGGCCCGCGUCUGUAACAACACCACGUGUGUGAUCAUCGGGGCUGGGCCCUGCGGUCUGAGGACAGCAGUAGAGCUGAGCUUCAUGGGAGCUCGGGUGGUGCUGCUGGAGAAGAGGGACUCGUUCUCCAGGAACAAUGUGCUCCACCUGUGGCCCUUCACCAUCCAUGACCUGCGGGGCCUCGGUGCCAAAAAGUUCUACGGGAAGUUCUGCGCCGGCUCCAUUGACCACAUCAGUAUCCGUCAACUGCAGCUGGUCCUGCUGAAGGUUGCCUUACUGCUGGGGGUGGAGGUCCAUGUCAACGUGGAGUUUACAAACCUGGUGGAGCCGCCGGAGGACCAGCUCAGACAGACUGUGGGCUGGAGGAUGGAAGUGAAACCAAAGUCUCAUCCUGUCAAUCAGCUGGAGUUUGAUGUCAUCAUUGGAGCUGACGGACGCAGGAACACGCUGCCAGGUUUCAGGCGGAAAGAGUUCAGGGGGAAACUGGCGAUCGCCGUCACAGCCAACUUUAAAAACAGGAACACAACAGCUGAGGCCAAAGUGGAGGAGAUCAGCGGAGUGGCUUUUAUCUUCAACCAGAGGUUCUUCCAGGAGCUACGACAGGAAACAGGGAUCGACCUGGAGAACAUUGUGUACUACAAAGAUGAUACUCACUACUUUGUGAUGACGGCAAAGAAACAGAGUCUGCUGGAUAAAGGAGUCAUUUUACAGGACUUCACAGACACUGAGCUGCUUCUCUCUCGAGGGAACGUGGACCAGAAUGCAUUGCAGAUCUACGCUCGCGAGGCCGCCAACUUCUCCACCAAUCAUCAGCUGCCAUCUUUGGACUUUGCCAUGAAUCACUAUGGCCAGCCGGACGUCGCUAUGUUCGACUUCACCUGCAUGUACGCAUCAGAGAAUGCCGCCAUGGUUCGCCAACGCCAAGGACACCAGCUACUGGUCACACUGGUGGGAGACAGUCUGCUGGAGCCCUUCUGGCCAAUGGGAACAGGGAUAGCUCGAGGUUUCCUGGCAGCUCUCGAUGCAGCCUGGAUGAUCAGGAGCUGGUCUCAAGGAGGAAGUCCUCUGGACGUCCUUGCAGAGAGAGAGAGUAUAUACCGGCUCCUUCCUCAGACGACUCCCGAGAACCUUCAAAAGAACUUUGGUCUGUUUACAGUCGAUCCGACAACCAGAUACCUGAACAUCAACCGUCUGCUCAUGACACCUGCUCAGGUGAGACAUCUCGUGGACACAGGUGAGGGGGCAGGUCUAAACACAGACUGUGACAUCAUUCGUCUGCCGUCACCCAGAACCCUCAGAGAAGAUGCGUCCUCUCAGUCCAAUCAGCUGCUCACUUGGUGUCAGGAGCAGACUCGUGGUUACCAUGGUGUGUCAGUUACAGACCUGACUACUUCCUGGAAGAGCGGCCUUGCUCUGUGUGCUCUGAUUCAUCGAUAUCGACCGGACCUCAUAGACUUUGACUCUCUGGAUGAGUCGUCGUUGGAAGAAAACACUUAUCUCAGCUUUGACGUGGCUGAACGAGAGUUUGGGAUUUCUCCUCUGAUGACUGUUGAAGAAAUGUCAUCUGUCGGAGAACCGGACUCUCUGUCGAUGGUGAUGUACCUGAGUCAGUUCUACCAGCUGCUCCGGGACAAGCCGCCCCCUGCUACUUGUCUGAGUCAGAGUUCUGACCUGAGAUCAGCGCUCAUCACUCCAGCCUCCCUCCUCAGCAGACUGGGACUCAGUCCGUCCAGGAAGAGAAACCCAAAGGUCCUGCAGCUCCUGGAGCAGAAAGAAGCUCGUGGUAAACGGAGGAGGACGAGUAGAGAGCUGUGGCAGAACAGUGGCAGCGACAGCCAGGUGUGUGAUGAAGCAUUUGUUGGUGGGUCCAGUCACUCUAGAGUUCGUCUGAUGGCCAAUCAGCUGCAGGCAAAGCUGGACGAGAACUCAGCCUCCUGCCGGACUCCUCCUACUUCUGCUGCUGCAGCUUUACGUCGACAGAGAAAACGGACUCUUCAGCAGGAACAGAUGAGUUUUCGGUUCAAAGAGAAGAUCAAAUCUCAGUCCAUCGUCGGUGAGGAUGAGCAGUGUCUUCAGAUGUACACCGGUGGAGUGAGCUCAUUGGCUGAGCAAAUCACCAAUCAGAUUCAGAGUCAGGAGGAAGUGACGUCGUCCUCAGCCUGUUUCUUCUGUCAGAGGAGGGUGUACCUGAUGGAGCGUCUUAGUGCCGAGGGUUUCUUCUUCCACCGCAGUUGUUUCCAGUGUUUCAGCUGCAGCAGCACUCUCAGACUGGCUGCUUAUGCCUUCGACCAGCACCGCGGGAGGUUUUACUGUCUUCAGCACUCUGACUCGUGUCUGAACGCUCCGGCUGUGAGAAGGAGAGCAACCGCGUCUGACGGAGUGGCUUCACAUCGAACAUCAAUAGCGUCUGCAGCUUCAGCUCCGUCACACUCAGACUCUCUGAUCUUGUCUGACCGUCGUCGCUCCUCAGUCAUCUCUGUGAUGGUGGCGACGCCGGAGAGGAUCGAGCUGCAGAACCGCCGCCGCAGCUCGACCAAGGUGGAGGCGAAGCUGCUGGAGGAGCCCGAGGAACUGGGGGAGCUGGAAGAGGUGUCGGAGGAGACGCUGCACCGGUUCAAUCUCAGCCUGGACGAGAAAAUCAAGCACAGAUCCAGUUCAGAGUCGGAGAUGGAGGAAGAGGAAGAGGAGGAGAGGGAGGGAGAGCGCGGCGGUCGACACCGUGUGACAUCAGAGGAGGCCAGAGCAUCAUGGAGGGAAACUCUGCAGCUCCACCUGAGAGGAGACCUGGAGGAGGAGGAGGACGAUAACGAUGAGGAGGAAGAGGAGGAAGAGGAGGAAGGCAGUGAGGUGGAGUCCAGUGACGAGGGGGAGUACAGUCCCUGCCACAUGGAGCGGCUCUCAGGUCUGUGGCUCCUGAUGGAGGAGGAGACAGAGGAGGCACUCUCUCUCAUCUGUUCAGCAGCAGGAAGUGACAUCAUAAGCUGUGACACACCUGUGAGGCCUGAUUCCACCCUACUGGCUGUCAUCACCUCCUCCACAGCUCCCUUGAGGACUGAACCCGUCACCAACACGCCCUCUACAGCCUCCUUCAUCACCUCGCCUGACUCCACCCCCGAUGAUGAUGAGGACACAGCUUUGCCCACACAGCUUACACCUGUUAUUGUUAUGGAAACAGCUGUUAGUGCAAAAAGUCGGGGCUCUUCUGAUGACAUCAGCCCUGACCUGCAAGAGAAAAAGCCCCUUCUCCUGCAUGUGAUAGGGGCGGAGUCAGAUGAGGAGGGGGCAGACUCAGAGAGGGUGAGGAGCAGGAGACUUAGAGGAGCACACAGCCCCCCCCCUUGCCUUGGAGGCAGAGCUCUCCUACAGCUAAAGGGGCUCAGAGAGGCUCCACCCCCUGGACAGGUGAACAUCGAAGGGGGCGGGGCCAGAACCCUGUGGAAGGCGGUGUUCUCUGGAAACAGGAAUGAGAAGAAAAAGAAGUGGGGCAGGUCUUUACCUCCGGGAGCAGAGAUGACGACUGAUGCAGCCAAUCAGAGGCAAGAUGUGAGAGGAGGUCUGACAGAAGAGUCUGAUCUGGACUCAUCCACUCUGCUGCAGAGAUGUUCACUGACGCCCACAAACAAUAGACGCUCUCUGAAGGUCCCUGUUCAGGACUCUGAUGGACAGUCCUCGUGUCCCACGGAGGUGGUGGGAUACCUGGUCCAGGCGAAGGAGCCGUCUAGUCUGAGUGUGAAGGAGACCUUGUUCCAGAGGGGACGAGAGAAUGAGGAUGGAGACCUGGACACCAAAAUCACCCGGCGAGUUCAGAGAGCUGCCAGAAGAAAAGCCAAACAGGAGCAGCUGAAGAGACUCCACAAAGCUCAGAUGAUCCAGAGACAGCUGCAGCAGGUGGAGGAGAAACAGAGACAGCUGGAGGAGAGAGGAGUGAUGGUGGAGAAAGCUUUGAGAGGAGAAGCUGAUUAUUGGGGAGACUCCAAUGAUGGCCAAGACAUGGAGCUUCACCUGGAAGGACUGGAUAAACUGGAUAAUCCAGCUUUGAUGCAGCAGUGGUUCAAGUUGGUCCAGCAGAAGAAUUCUCUGGUCCGAUAUGAAUCUGAACUGAUGAUAUUUGCUCGCGAAUUGGAAUUGGAGGACCGACAGAGUCGACUGCAGCAGGAGCUGCGAGAGCGGAUGGCUGUGGACGACCACCUGAAAGAGGAGUGGCAGCUGGUGGAGGAGCGUCUGAUCCUGGAAGAGAUGUUGGAGGUGGUGGAGCAGAGAGACUCUCUGGUGUCUCUGCUGGAGGAACAGAGACUGCGGGAACGACAGGAAGACCAGGACCAGGAGGACAUCAUGAUGACCAGAGGACUGGGACUCAGCUGGACAUGAAGUGGUCUCAUCUGGCCUGCAGUGAUAUCACAAUGAACUCAAGACUGACUGUAUCAGAACCGUUCACUGUGAUUGAUUCUGAUGAAGAUCAGAAGAUUUCUCCAACAGCAGCUUCAGACCUGAUCAGAGGAGGACUGUAGAAAACAGAUGAAUUAACUUCUUCUUCUUCUUCUUCUUCUUCUUCUUCUUCUUCGUCUACUUCUGUUUACUGACAUAGUGACAAUUUAUGGGGCUAGUUGUGUGACCAUUCUUGCUAAAUGCUAACAUGCCACUUAGCCACAAUAGCCUCAAUGUAUCUGAUGAGUUAGCAAGCUAACUAGCUUGAUUGCUAUACGGUUACUUCCUGCAGCUGUGGUUUUGAAGCAUUUUUUAACAAUCUGAUUCCACCUCCCAGGGUACCUUGCGUGAAUUAGAGGUGUAACUUCCGCUUUCCCAUGUCAUUAAACCAGAACCGUUUUUCCACAGGAUGCUAAUUUUCUUUCUUAGAGCCAUUGAUGUGAUGUAUCGUACAUUUAUGAAAAUAUAGGUUAACAACUGUAUCGAGUGAAAAUUAACUCUAAUGUUAUUGAUUAGCCCACUUAGCUAACGCUAGUAAAGCCUUCAAGGUACUGCCAGUGCAUCAGUUAUUUUCGUACCUUUAUACUUAAUUUAGCUCCACUAAGCAUCAGAAGUAUCACCCAUAAUUGUUUCCACAGUGACCUCCUCAGGAAACUCAUGUGAUGGUUACUGCAAGGAAACAGAACAUUAGCUAACAAGCCUUCGUAGCUUCCUAAAUCUUUUGGACAAAUCACUCUGAUAUCAUUGCGUCCUGAUGGAUCAGCAACAAAACAUACCAUGAAAAGUGCAGUGGCAGUUCCAGACCAGUUUUAAUAGGGGGGCCAGGUUGGGGCUGGCUUUUUUGUUGGGGCAUGUACAACUCGGGGAUAAAAAGACAAAUCCCUCAUUUAAAACAGUGUUUACAAUUUAAAAAAAAUUGAUUGUGUAGUAAACUGCUAAGAAACUUUAUUUCUGCCUUUCCCUUCAGUACAAAAUCAUUGCAGGAAAUCUGUCAUUGCAUUAUUGAUGCAGACUGCCUGUCGGGGGGCCCACAGGGGGGUCCGCACUCAGAGUUACAGGGGCACUGGCCCCUGUUGGUCCCCCCUUAGAACCGCCCCUGGAAAAGUGAAAAUCUGGAGUUUAAAGUUUAAAGAUACAGCUACCUAAGACAACAACUAGUAUUAGCUUUCAAGCCCUUCUUAGCUAACAUUACGCUACUAGGAAAGGAGUGGAUUAGUUUCAAGAUAUCAGCACACAUCUUGGACUUAUUUUUUUAAAACUGGAAGUAAAAUCAAGUUUGUAAUUUAGCUACUGUAGGCUAAUGACACAAGACUAUCGAACAGUCAUGUUAGUGAGGGCGUUAUUGAAAUUAGCGAGCUAACAAACAGCCAGUUAGUGCCCUGGUGUAGCCUACAUGUCCACUAUAAACUGGUCUAAAGUACAGACUUGUUCCUGCUUUGAACACAAACUCAAAGUUUAACUGUAAAAUUACUUUGUCUAAAAUGAGUCAAUAAUGAGUAACUAAUGAGAAACCACUGUGACAGCUUUCCACCCCGUUAUGGUGAUGAUGAUGAGUUUAUCAGGUUAUUGAUAUAAAUUUGACUUAUUGAUUAUCGUGCCAACACCGUCAGCUGUUGAUCAGGUCUACCAAACUUCACCUGCUAGCCUUACUUCACCUGAUCACUUCAUUAAUCACUGUUAUUAAUCCUGUUUAAAAUUAUGUGGGCGCCGCUUAGCUUGGUUGGUAGUGCGCGCGACCCACGUGCCGAGGUUCUGCAGUGGACCCGGGUUCAACUCCCGGCCUGGGUCCCCUUGCUGUGUGUCAUUCCCCCCUCUCUUACCCUGUUUCCUGUCACACUCUUCAGCUGUCCUGUCAAUAAAGCCAGAAAAGGCCAAAAAAAUAUUUAAAAUCAUGUGACUGUGAUCAACUGUUAAUGUAACUGUAACAACAAACAGACUGAACGUUCCGUUUAUAAUAAAUCACCAUCCACUUAUGACUGAUGUCCAGUUUUUUUAAGAAACAAAUACACACACACACACACACACACACAACUGUAUUCGGUUCUUUGCGGGUCCCAUCUGAUACAAACCUUCAUUCAUCUUAAUCACAGUUUGCUCUGUAAUUUAAUUAACUGACGAUAAAACGUUUUUUAGCAAGAGCAGUGUUUUUUUACAGCACAGCUCCUUCCUCCUUUUCUCCUCCUUUUCAUCUCCUUUUCUCCUCUGUUUAUUCUCCUCCUUUGUGUGGUGAUGUAAUUGUUCCUGUUGGUUCAUGUUCACAGUUGGUGGUGAAACUGAAGUCGUUAUUGAUCCAUAACUGACCUCUGAAACAGGAACAAUCAACAAACACACUGUUAGACGUUGCAUUACUUUAGAUUGAACUGACAGAACACUUUGGUUCUGGAGGUCCACUGAUGUUGAUGGAUGUAUUACACACAGUACAGAAUGUACAAGAAAAAGUUUGUU